AUGCCAACAGCAAAAAAAAAAGACACUGAUUAUUGGGUUGUUGAUGUCAUAGAAAGUGCUGUGAUCUCUUCUAUGGAGCUGACUGUUAAGGAGGCAUUAGCACUUCCUCCUGGAAAGAAGAUCGUUCUACACCAUAACAGAGAGUUGCAACAAGUUGGUCAGGCAGCGGGCUUAUUGAGCGGGUUCUUGGGGACAUUGCGGUCUGAUUUUCAACAAUUACUAAUUUGUGCAAAGAGUUGGAAGACAAUGAGCAAGGCUUCCAAGGAGCAUGCGUAUGACCAGGUUAAGGUUUAUGACGAAGAACUAACUUUUGAGCAAAAUAUCAAGCGUAAGCCAGCAAGAAUAGAGGCAAAUCACUGGAAAAAGUUUCUUCAAUAUCGAUUGGACGAUGACACGAAGGAGAAGUGUAGAAAAAAUGCCGUUAAUCGUUCAAAGCAACAAUACACACAUACCAGAGGUUCUAAAAUGAUGGCAAGAAAGAGACACAAAGAAGAGCAACGACAGGGAAGGCCUAUUGGGAGAGGAGAGGGAUGGACCAUGAGUCAUAAAAAAAAAGAAUGGAAAGAAGCAAUUGAACUUAUUGAGAGCCAAGACCCCUCUAGCAAGGAAUUUUCACAGAAUGAUUUCCUUGCACAAGUGCUUGGAAAGGAGCACCUAGGAAGAGUUCGUGGACUCGGUAUUGGUACAUGUCCGAGUCGGUAUUUUUGUAACAUUCCAGAGCAGUCGGACUACGGUGUACAGAUUGAGGAGUAUCAGAUGAAAAUUGUGAAACUCAAGGCGGAGGCAGCAGAACUCAAGGCGGAGGCAGCAGAACUCAAGGCGGCAGCAGCAGAGAAAAAGGCAAAGAGACAGAGAAUAGAGACAGAGGCAGCUGAAGGGAAGGCAAAAAUACAGACAAUGGAAAAUUUGUUGACAUACGUAAUCCAGCAACAAGGAGGUAAUUUGCCACCUAAAAUAGCUGCGGAUUUGGAUUCUUUGAGAAGUGCACCAACCUCAUCCCAUGCAAGAUGA